AGAUCUCAGGGUCCGUGCUGGGCACUACCCGCCUGGCACUCGUAGGCCGGGGGCGUGGCGCCGCAGCGCUUCCCACAGGGUCCCUGUCGGCCCCGCCACUGGGGGCGCGCGACAAAGGGUGUCUUUCUUCCCCCCACCGCGCCAGGCCCGGGUAAUUUUAACUCUGGCGCCGGCCCGGGGACGCCGCAGUUCGGAUCCCCUCCGCCCAGGUGGGCCCGGCUGAAUGGGGGUCUUGUGCACGCCGCCCCCGCCCCCUUCCCGCCCCGGACCCGCCCCCGGCUGUCGCCUCGACGCCGCCGCCAUCGCCGGGCGCUCAGAACGCAGAGCGCAGCCAUGGCCCGCACGCCCGCCUUGCUCCUGCUGCUGCUCGGACAGCUCCUGGCGGCCGGCGCGGCCCAGAAAGUCGGACCAAGAGGCCCCCCCGGCCCGCAGGGUCCCCCUGGGAAGCCUGGCAAGGACGGCGUGGAUGGGGAAGCUGGUCCUGCAGGCCUGCCCGGACCCUCGGGACCAAAGGGGGCCCCUGGGAAGCCAGGGGCACCUGGAGAGGCUGGACUGCCUGGACUGCCAGGCGUGGAUGGUCUGACUGGGCAGGAUGGACCCCCUGGACCCAAGGGUGCUCCUGGAGAACGUGGGAGCCUGGGACCCCCCGGGCCGCCCGGGCUGGGGGGCAAAGGGCUCCCAGGACCGCCGGGAGAGGCAGGUGUGAGUGGCCUUCCUGGAGGGAGUGGCCUCCGCGGCCCCCCAGGACCCUCUGGACUGCCAGGCCUCCCUGGCCCCCCUGGCCCUCCUGGACCCCCGGGACACCCAGGGGUGCUCCCUGAAGGUGCAACGGACCUGCAGUGCCCUUCCAUCUGCCCACCAGGCCCUCCCGGGCCGCCAGGAAUGCCAGGGUUCAAGGGUCCUGCUGGCUACAAGGGGGAGCGAGGAGAGGCCGGCAAGGAUGGUGAGAAGGGUGACCCCGGGCCUCCUGGACCUCCUGGGCUCCCAGGCACUGUUGGGUUACAGGGCCCCCGGGGACCUCAAGGACUUCCAGGGCCACUUGGACCCCCCGGGGACCGGGGUCCUAUUGGGUUCCGAGGCCCCCCCGGGAUCCCAGGAGCACCUGGCAGAGUGGGUGACAGAGGCGAGAGAGGCCCCGAUGGGUUCCGUGGCCCCAAGGGUGACCUUGGCAGAGCUGGUCCCAAAGGCAUCCCUGGAGUGGCCGGGCCUGGCGGAGAGCCGGGCAUGCCGGGCAAAGAAGGCCGGGAUGGUGUGCCAGGCCUCGACGGCGAGAAGGGAGAGGCAGGUCGCAGUGGUGCCCCUGGAGAGAAGGGUCCCGAUGGGCUGCCGGGUCUCCCUGGCAGAGCAGGCUCCAAAGGCGAGAAGGGAGAACUGGGCCGAGCUGGGGAGCUAGGUGAGGCUGGCCCCUCUGGAGAGCCAGGUGUUCCGGGAGAUGUCGGUGUGCCCGGGGAGCGCGGCGAGGCUGGCCACAGGGGCUCUGCAGGGGCCCUUGGCCCACAAGGCCCUCCAGGGCCCCCUGGCAUCCGAGGCUUCCAGGGGCAGAAGGGCAGCAUGGGCGAGCCUGGCCUGCCAGGCCCCCAGGGUCUUCGAGGGGACACAGGUGAUCGGGGCCUGGGAGGUGCUGCAGGCCCGAAGGGAGAGCAGGGAGUGGCAGGUUCCGAUGGUCUUCCUGGGGACAAAGGCGAGCUGGGACCUAGUGGCCCAAUAGGACAGAAAGGAGAUUCCGGCAGUCGAGGGGAGCCAGGCCCCAAAGGCGUCCAGGGCUCCAAUGGCACCAGUGGUGUGCAGGGCGUCCCAGGCCCCCCAGGCCCCCUGGGCAUCCAGGGCGAGCAGGGCAUCCCAGGCAUCACGGGAAAGCCAGGAGUUCCGGGGAAAGCAGCCAGUGAGCAGCGCAUCCGAGAGCUGUGCGGGGGCAUGGUCAGCGAGCGAAUUGCACAGCUGGCCACACACCUGAGGCAGCCGCUAGCCCCAGGCGCCAUUGGCCGGCCUGGUCCAGCCGGUCCCCCCGGACCCCCAGGACCCCCUGGCUCCAUUGGUCACCCCGGCACUCGAGGGCCCCCAGGAUAUCGUGGUCCCCCCGGAGAGCUGGGAGAUCCCGGACCCAGAGGGAACCCAGGAGACCGAGGUGACAAAGGUGCGGCAGGCGCUGGGCUGGACGGGCCUGACGGGGACCAGGGACUCCCAGGACCACAAGGUGUACCUGGCAUCAGCAGAGAUGGCCAAGACGGCGCUCACGGCGAGCCUGGGCUGCCUGGUGAUCCUGGCCUUCCCGGGGCCGUCGGUGCUCAGGGGACUCCGGGCAUCUGUGACACGUCAGCCUGCCAAGGAGCUGUGUUAGGAGGGAAUGGGGAGAAGUCGGGCCCCAGGAGCUCCUGAAACAGAACCGGAGGAAGCGAGAAAGCAACGGCCUCUUGGGCAGUGAGUGUCCCACCCCCGGGAACAGGUGUUACCACAGCUGCCUGCAGCAGGAACUGGCCUGGCAUGU